AUGGACGCGUUGGCCGUCGCGGCGGUCCUGCUGCUUGUACUGAGGGCGGCCGUCCGAGUGGACGCGGCCGCCAACGUGGACAUCGGUCGCGGCGUGGACGUGCUUCAGCGGUUCGGCAUCAUCGGCGACGUGCUGUACGGCGACGUGUCCAACACCAAGGAGACGGUCACACACGACAUAAUCGACGGUGCCGAUCGUUUCACCGAGGUCUUAAAUGUGACAAAAAACCAUACAAAUUUAUUAAACAUCACAUUUUGUCCCGAUUUGGACUGCCUAUUUGAUGUUUAUUUUGAUGGAUUUCAAGUUGAUCUAUCUGAUAAACCAUGGAAAUUGUUGACAACAAGUAGAUCACGACAUAUGGUAUCCGAACGUUUUGGUGUACCUGAUAUAGCAAUGGGAUUCGGACAAAAAUUUGUAAUUGUGUCUUAUAGGCGACCGGUGAAACGUAUUAAAACGUUUGACAACUUUACACAAGUAGCAGAAUUAAAAUCAACAAUAUCCGACAAAUUUAAAUGUAUGUCCAUUGGUAUAGAGUCCAUGGUGACGGAUUUUAUUACAGAGCAUGGAUCACAUUAUAUUGAUGAAUACACAUUAGGAGAUACUGUUUUCCAGGUGUUGGUGUAUCUUCCGGUGUUCUACAACAAGUUCUACAAGUGCGUGCUGAACAACUGUUCGGAAUCUGACACGGCGUUGUUGCUUUCGCCACAGUACACCGAAUACCAGGGACAGGUGCUGAGCGUCGGGUCGAACGCGGUGGAGAAAUGGGUGGACACCAACCUGCAGGUCGAGUCCAAGCUGGGCCACACGUACAUUAGCCUGUACGCGCUCAAGAACCGACCGGAACUGUGCGACGAGAUCGUCGCGCUCAUGGACGAGCAGUCGGUAGUCGGGCUGCACCUCAAAGUCGUGUCCACGUUCGUCGCCGAGCCGGUCAAGCGGAAAUGGUUCACCGAGGUGCUGGACAACCACGUAAAACUCCGCGAAGUCAACCUCUGAACCACCGUUGCCCGGAAAUUAUAGAGGAACACUGUCCGUUUGUAUAUUAUUAUAAUAAUAUUAUGGAUUGUAUCCAGCGGUCGUUAAACAAUACCUAGUAUUAGGUUCGAUACGUGUAAAUACGUGUAGAACCUUAUAAGUUAUAAUAAAAAUAAUAUAUAGGUAAGUUAUACCGUGUACAAUAACAUUGCAGCGUAUCAUCGAUGGUUGGCGGAAGAUCGUCAACGUGAACGGUGAUAAAAUAAAUGAUUACCUAUUUAUUAUAUUCGAGCAUAUAUUAUAACAUUACAUUAUAAUAAUUGUACAUAACUCAUAUAUUAUAUUUUUAUUGAAA